ACAUCCUGUGUAAAGUAAUGCUCAGCGAUCCUCUGACACCACCAUGAACGUGCCGAACGACUCAUUUGUGUCCAUUAAAGACGUAAAGACCGGGCAGAAAAACUUAAAUGUCAUCUUUAUUGUGCUGGAGAUCGGCAGAGUUACAAAAACAAAAGAUGGUCAUGAAGUGAGAUCCUGCAAAGUGGCAGAUAAAACUGGCAGCAUCACAGUCUCAGUAUGGGAUGAAAUUGGAAGCCUUAUUCAGCCAGGAGACAUCAUUCGGUUAACAAGAGGGUAUGCUUCUUUGUGGAAAGGAUGCCUAACGUUGUACAGUGGAAGAGGAGGCGAGCUUCAAAAAAUAGGAGAAUUUUGUAUGGUAUAUUCAGAAUCCCCAAACUUCAGUGAGCCAAAUACAGAAUUUGCUGGUCAGCAGCCACCACCAAAGACAAAUCAAACAAAGAAUAUGCAUGGAGAUCAAAAUAGUCACACAACACAAAACACAGGUAAUGGGUCACUCUUUUCACCAGGAGGCAUUAAUUAUCUUCCUAAUCUUACAACUGGUGGCCGAGCCAAUGAACGUGGGCCUGGAAAUCAGCACACAGGGACCCCACCAGCUGUUCCCAUACAGUCAACAGUUGCCAACAUAACUAAUGGAAGAGACCCAAGAAGGACCAAGAGAUGA